AUGAGACACAGGGAAGCAAAGAAUCGAAUCCUGAGAAACAAGAAACCAAAGAAUCGAAUCCUGAGACACAAGGAAGCAAAGAAUCGAAUCGUGAAAUGCAAGAAAAAGAAUCGAAUCCUGAGAAACAAGGAAGCAAAGAAUCGAAUCCUGGGAAGAAGUGAAAUCAAUAAAUCACCCAAGGAAACGAAAAAAAGACCAAGCUUACUGAAAGCAAAAGGCCCAGUUCUGUCGCAUGACCUCGAUCCAUCCGAAGUCUUAAUUCAGCAAGAAGAAAUAUCGACUCUGAAGGCAAGAAUCGAGACGCUGAAUCUGGAACAACGAAUCUUUAACACACAUCUUUUUGGAUCUGUCACGGCGAGCACGACGAUUCUCCUGGUGCAGGUGCACAAACGCCUGGAAUACCUGACGCAAUUGGUGGAGAGCAUGAAGGGUGUCCGAGGCAUCAACGACACCCUCGUGGUCUUCAGCCACGACUUCUGGGACGACCACAUCAACGCCUUCGUUCAGAACAUCAGCGAAUUCCGGGUGAUGCAGAUGUUCCUUCCUUACUCGAUGCAGCUGCACCCGGCCGCUUUUCCCGGGCGCGACCCGAGGGACUGCGUGUGGAACAUGCCAAGAGACAGUGACCAAGACUGCCUAAACAAGGCUUGGCCAGACAAGUACGGUCACUACCGGGAACCUCAGUUUACCCAAAUAAAACAUCACUGGUGGUGGAAGAUUAACAGAGUGUUCGAUGAGCUACGAGUGACCAAAGGCUGGACAGGGGUUGUACUUAGUCUGGAGGAGGACCACUACCUCCUUCCCGAUACCCUACAUGUCCUGAACUUGUUGCUGCAUCAAAGGCCCAGUGUUUGCCCAACGUGCCAUGUGAUUGGCCUCGGGAACUACCAGGUGAAAAAAGCUUUACCCGAGAAGAUGUUAAUGGGAGACUGGCCUGUGAGUGGCUAUAACCUCGGCUACACCUUGGACCGUCAUGCCUGGGAGACCAUCAAGAAGUUAAGCGACGUUUUCUGCACCUACGACGAUUAUAACUGGGAUCUGACGCUCUCCUACAUGGCACUCCAACGCAUACAGCCUCGUCUGGGUAUGCUUCGCGUAGAAUUGUCCAGAGUGGCGCACAUAGGAACAUG